UUGUAUGGGACGUCUCUGGAUGAUCUCUGUGGCACUGCCAUGUGAAUUGAAUGCUUCUGUCCAAUAAAAAUGUAAUCUACAACAUUAGUAGGUAGAGUUAAAGUACAUCCCUGGAGAAAUGCAACGCUCAGCAAUAUCUUAUCUGGCUACUGAUACUGACAGUAUUUAAAGCCUUCACCUGCACUCUAGGAGUUGCCUGUGUUCAACAUGCAGCUCAAACUCCUGCUCCUGUUUGCUGUUUCGCUCUGCCUGGACGCUGUCCCGUUGUCCAGCACGAGGACCAAGAAACACAACAAGCUGCUACUCAUAUCGUUUGAUGGUUUCAGAUGGGACUAUGAUCAAGACGUUCAUACGCCCAAUAUGGACCAGUUGGUACUGGAAGGAGUGAAAGCGAAAUACAUCACACCACCGAUGAUCACCAUGACCUCUCCAUCACAUUUCACCACUAUAACAGGGAGAUGGAUCGAGGAUCACGGCGUUGUCCAUAACAUGAUGUUUAAUUCCACAAGCCUUUUAAAGUUAACUCAUAAGAACACGCUGAAACGUUCUGAGUGGUGGGACAACGGGGCUUUGCCUUUAUGGAUAACAGCUCAAAAUCAGGGCCUGAAGACAGCGUCUUAUUUCUACCCUGGAGGUGGAGCGAAUUACAGCGGGCAGGUCGUAAACAUGUCCCUGGUGGAGGCAGAAGGUCACCCCGAUGAUAACGAGACAGAGUGGAGGCAGAAGAUCGAUACGGUUAUGAGUUGGUACACCGAGGAGAAUUUCGACUUUGUUACUCUGUAUUACGGAGAACCAGACAACGUGGGCCACAAAGUGGGACCGGAGACAGAAGAAAGAAGAAAGAUCAUCGCGCAGAUCGAUCGCCUCUUAGGCUACCUCAGAGAGUCGAUUCAGAGAAACAACCUAACCGAUCACCUCAACGUCAUCAUCACCUCGGAUCAUGGCAUGACCACCAUUAAGAAGAAACCCGAGGUGAAGGAAAUAAAGCUGUCCGAGUACAUGAAUUUUCUAACCCUGACCCAUUUUGACAUACUGGACUACGGAGGAUUUGGGAUGAUAAGACCCAGGAAAGGGAAAGUGCAGGAGGUUUACGAUAAGCUGAAGAACGCACAUCCAAACCUCACUGUUUACAAGAAGGAGGAAAUUCCUGAGCACUUCCACAUUGCAAAAAAUAGCAGAAUUCAGGAUAUCGUUCUCAUUGGAGACUUGGGGUUCAACUUGAACUCGAGAAUUAUCUUUUACGUGAACAAAGGAGAUCACGGCUUUAGCAAUGAAGAAAUGGACAUGAAGGCCAUAUUCCGGGCGUUCGGACCCGAUUUCAGGAAGAAUUUUCUCGCCGAGCCGUUCGACAGCGUGAGCAUUUACCCGCUGAUGUGCAAGUUACUGGGUGUGGCUCCAGCUCCGAACAAUGGCAGCCUCAGCGACACUCAAGCCAUGUUGGUGGAUGACUCUGACCCUGGUGGACAUGUUGGGAGAAUCCAAACGUCUGUCGGUCUUUUAAUCGUCAUGAUGUUCAUCGCAUUCCUCCAUUAAUUCCACUCGCUUUUCACUUGUAAUAAGUUAUAGUAAAGGAAAUAAAAAUAUUUGAUCACACGA